CUGCUGUGUGUAACUGGGAGGGAGGGGCUACCAGAGGCAGGGAAGGGUGGAGCCUCUGGGAUUAUAAAUUCCAAAAAGGCCGCUCAACUCCCAGAGCCUGGUCCCAGAAAAUCUACUCUGUCAGCUGCUGCAGCUGCUACCAUUCUCAAGACUCUCACAAUGAAAGGCCUUUUGCUGCUCACCCUAUCUGCUCUGCUCUGCUGGGUCUCAGCUGACAUUCGCUGUCACUCCUGCUACAAGGUCCCUGUGCUGGGCUGUGUGGACCGUCAAUCGUGCCGCCUGGAGAAAGGACAACAAUGCCUGACAACCCAUGUAUACCUCGGUAAGAUGUGGGUUUUCUCCAACCUGCGGUGUGGCACACCAGAACACCCUUGUCAAGAAGCUUACAACCAAACCAACAACAAGCUGGGCCUGACCUAUAACACUACCUGCUGCAACAAGGACAACUGUAAUAGUCCAGCCCCACGGCCUACUCCGGCUUUGGCCCUCAUCUUUUUCACAUCCUUGGCUGGCCUUGGCCUCUGGCUGAUGCACUGAGACUCACUCCAUGGCUGCUCCUCCUCCCACCUGCCUUAGCCUGAGCCUCUAUCCCUGUGUCUGUGUUUCCCUUAGCUUCCCAGAAUAGUCUCUCCCUAGCUCCCUUUGCUCUGAAAUGCUUUUCCCCAGUCCCUGCCCUUCCUUUAAUUAAACAGUACCCCAGCGUG